CGCUUCAUUUAUCAGCCGCCCUCCUCCUGCCGCUCGGCUUGUCGCUAGCGUUGGCGGUUCCGACAGAGAACUAGGAAACAGAGGCUGAGCGAGCCGGGAGUUUGUGUCGCAGCGAUUUGCAGGGGUUCGCCGUAGCGCCGUUUUGAAAUCUGCUGGAACGAAACGCGACUGAUCGGCGGUCGGUGGUGCGCCGUGCGGCCCGUAAGAGAGCGAGAGUUAAAAAUAAAAUCUCUCUGCCGCAAUGUCGCCCGCUGACCUUAAUGCCUGGGCGGCUCAGAGCUAAGGGCAAGGGCGAUUAAUUGGCUGACUGCGUGCUUAACCCACCCUCCCGCCAGCCGGCGAGCUGGGCCUGCGAGCUAGCACAGCAACAAGCCAGCCAGCCAGCCGACCCAUCAGUCUUGUCAAAUCAACGAGCCAGACAGCUAGCCAGCCCACCAGUGAGCCAGCCAGCCAACAGGUUCGACAGCCAGCUAGUUCAUUAGUCGGUCUACCAAGCCCGCAAGUCGGUCCACCAGUCGGUGGCCAACUAGAUAGCUUGCUAACCAGCCAGCUCGUUUGUACACGCACACAUGCUGUCGGAGCGGGGGUGAGUGACGUGGGUGUGCAGCAGUUGUCGGAACACAACAUUGGAAGUCUCAGCGAAUGACAAGUGGAUUGGGUGAGCGAGAAGCCCAUUAAGCGAGCCGCGCGGAGCCACGCACUCUUGAGUUUUGCGAGCGACCAUGGAAGUUGGGAUGGAGGUGAGCGCCGGGCGGGAGCCAGACCUGGUGCUGAACCCGGCGUGGGGAGGUGGGGUGGCGGCCGGAGUUCCAGACCUCAUCUCGGCCGGUGUGCACGGCGCCGGUGUGAAGCCGUCUCGCGGGAAGCACUCCUCCACACCGGGCCGCACCAGGCUGGAAGACCGGAGCUCACCAGAGAGCCGCGCCAACUCCACCCCUCCCCCGGCCAUGGCAAACAAAGCAGGCGCUGAUAACGGCGGUGCCAAGACGGACGAGAGAGUGCGGUUGGCCAAGGAGAGGCGGCAAGAGCUAGAGAAGAUGCAGGCGUCGCGGGGGGAGCUCUUCCAGGAGAAGGAGCGGAAGGCGCGCGAGCUGUACGAGCGCUUCAUGGCGGAACGGCGGAGGAGGCUCGCGGAGCAGAGGCAGCGCGAGGAGGAGAGGCGCGUCGCCGUCGACGAGAAGAGGAAGCAGAAGCUCGCCGAGGACAAGGCACGAUACGAGGCGUCCAUAAGCCGAGCUCAGGAGAAGGGGCCCCCCCGUCGAGACCCACGCAACCGCUGGUCGUGGGGGGGCGCGAUACCCUCCAACCACACGGCCUCGCCGCGCAAGCACCUCGACAACCCUGACCGGCGUUCCGUCUCCACGGUGAACCUAUCACGACACCCGCCGGACUCGGUCGUCAGCAAGAGGCUAUCGAUGUCAUCGGCAACGCUGUUGAACUCGCCGGAUCGGCCCGGUUCGUCCGGAAAGAGGAAGAAAACGAACGGCCGGCGGUCCCAGCUAACGCCGAUGGAGAUGAGCAUCGUGAGCCGCCUGCUGACGCCGACGCACUCGUCGAUGGCGCGCAGCCGAAGUGUCGCCACACUCUCAGGGGAAGGCCACUGCCCAGUGUUCCCGGUGUGCCCUCGCUCAGCCUUUGCAAGCCCCGCGCUGACCCCCACACACAGCAAGCAGCAGCACCGACACCGCAGCCGCAGCCAGGAGCGCCGGUUCAAGCCGUUCAGCACGCCGUCGCCGCUGGUGGAGCGGUUAAAGAAAGAAAAGCGGAUCUCGUCUCCAGGCGCGGGGCUCAGCGCCUCGCCGAUUCUGCGCCCUCCCCGGCGUUCCGAGCCCCCUCCCAGGUCCUCUCCCCCCCCUCCUCGGUCCAGCCCGCAGGCCGGCGGCACCACCACGCCCGUGACGUCAGGCAAGACCUCGGGGCCCUUGAGAGCCAACCACCCGUCGCCAGCCGCCACCGCCGCCUUCGUGUCCUCCAAGCCACCGUCAGGGCCGCAAACACCGCGGCCCCGUGUCGACAGGAAGGACGUGAAGGAAGCGAAAGAAGCGAAGGAAGGGAAGGAAGGAAGGAAGGGAAGGACGCGAAAGAGAAGAAGGAGACGAAGGACAGGAAGGAGACGAAGGCCGAGAAGGACGGCGGGGUCGAAGGUCGCCACGCCCAAUGUGGCCGCGCCUGUGUCGCCGCUGCCGCUGCCGCCGCCGUCUUCACCACAGGCCGCCGGCGGGUACCGCGAGAAAGCGGCGGUGACGCCCGCGCCGGCGACGGAGCGACGAGGCGCCGAUGGGGCACCGGCGGAAGUGGAUGAAGCGCCGGCGGCGGUGGCGGCGAGGGCAAGGAGACCAAAGCCCUGUCGACGGCAAACCGUCGCCCAAAGAGCAACCCGCCGACGACGUCGCCAAAUCGGCCGAGACGACGGGGCCCGCCGAAAACUGCGCGGCCGGCGGAGGCGGAGGCGGCGGUGGCGGCAACCGCGACGGCAGGCUGUGGCGGUGGCGGCAACCGCGACGGCCACCGCGGUGACCAAGACUCCCAAAAAGUCCGGAGCGGCGGAGGGCGAUGCGGCACGGCCGAGCGCGGCCACGGAGGAGGCCACGACGCGGACGCCGGGCGGCGGGAAGGGUCGCUCGGACGAGGCCAAGGCGUCGUCGUCGGGCGGCGGCGGCGGUGGCGGCGGUGGGAAGGGUCUCGCAGGGAGCACCAACGCGGAGGACGCGACACGGGCCCUGGCCGAGAAGCGCAAGCUGGCGCGCGAGCAGCGCGAGAAGGAGGAGCAGGAGCGCAUCGCUCACGCCGAAGCCGAGAAGCGCAUGAAGGAGGAGAUCGCUCGCCGCAAGGCGGAGGAGAGGGCACGGCGUGAGGAGGAGGCGCGUCGGCUGGAGGAGGAGCGCCGGGUGCAGGAGGAGGAGGAGCGGCGGCGAGCGGAGGAGGACCGCGAGAGGCGGGAGAUUGAGGAGCGGGAGCGGCAGGUGGAGAUACAGAAGCAGAGGGAGGAGGCAGAGGUGCGGGCGAGGGAGGAGGCUGAGAAGCAGCGCGUGGAGCGCGCUCGCCAGGCUCACAAAGAGGAGCAGGAGCGGCUCGAGAGGAAAAAGCGUUUGGAGCAAAUUAUGAAGCGGACAAGGAAAUCGGAACCCAACAAGGAGAAAGAGGGGAAGGAUAUUGAGGAUGCUCCAGAUCAGCAGAGCAACGGUGACACGGGAGACUCGCCAGGGCUCCUGAGCUUGAACGGACAGACGCAUGCGCGGGAGGCGCCCACCGGGAACGGCAGCGCGGCAGUCGGAAGCCUGACCACGGAGGGGAGCAACGGGCGAGACUUCGAGGAGCUGAUCGACCUCGCGAUGGAGCCGCGGUCGAUGAAGGCGGCGGUGACGAACGAGAGCGGCGACGCUCCAGCCGACGCCGUCGGCAGCGCGACGACGACGGCACCGCCGCCAAACCCCCCGCUCAUCGCCUUCGAGGAGAACGGAGACUCGUUGGCCUGAGGACGGAGGCGAGGAACGGACGAUGUCUGCCGACGUUGGAGCCGCCGGCGCUGUCCACCGCUCGCAGGGAACCGGCGUCUCCUGCGCUCGGACACCCACUGUUUAUUUUUUUUUUAUGCCCCCCGCCCGUUAUCGUUUUGAGUGUCGACUGUCACGCUUCAUCCUUCGCCACCGCGCCGCAAAUCCGUCGCGCGUCGUUUUGCUGCUGGGAAAAAUCCAUGGACGCGUCACCCGAGUUGUGAAUGUAGUUGAAGACGGAAGCAGAGAAGAGCAACGAAAAAUAGAUUGGGGGUGUGGGGGGGUUGGGGGGGAAACCGUAAAUGUAAAUGAAAACGAUCAGUUUAAAAAUAAUAAUCUGUUUUAAGAAAAGCAGAACUCGAGUAAGUAAGCGGGGAAAAAACGAAAAGGAACACGAUUGUAAAUAUUGUCAAUGUAAAAUUAUUGUAGAAGUUGAAUAUUCUCUCUUAUCUCUGUCGCUCGUGAGGAUUUACUUGUGAAGCUGUGUACCACAGUGCUGUAUAGCGGGGCUCUCGUCACUCGGGGCUGUUCAGACCAACACUAAACGCGGCCGGGCUGGCCGGCUGUCCCCUCCCUCUCCGCCGCUGGCCGCUUUGCGAUCUGCUGCUGCGCGUGGGGCCGUGGGGCCGUCUAUCCGCUGGCCGUCUGCGAGCCGUCGUGAUGCUCGAUGGCGCAAGCGGCGUGCCGUUAGGCGAGCGCGUUGGGUGUGGCUGACGCGCCGCAUCAGUUGUCAACCGCCCCGCAACGUUCACCGUCGCCUCUACAACCCCCCCCCUGGUUUUUUGUCCCCCCACUGGCACACCGGAGCCCAGCCAGCACGCAGGGAACAGGGCGGUUUCCCACUGGCUCUUUGCAGAGCCGAGCCAGAACCUGAGCCAUACUUUUGAGUUUGACUCGGGGUCAAGCAGCGCCAGGGGCGGACCUAACGACGCAUUCACUGUGCGCGUCGUCACCGUGUCAUCCCCACGCGUCUCCAUGCGUUAAUUUCGCGCGCGACGUCGGGUUACACCGAGGACGCCGCGUCCGGGCGCUGUGUCGCACCCCCGACUAGCACGGUUGGCUAUGUACGGUGCAAAAGAAGUUCGACGUGCAGACGUCUUCCACUCGUUCACCGCACGUGACGCCGGCGGCACGGCUCUGCUUCUGCAGUGGAAAAAUAACCCCCCCGGCGCCUCCCGAGCCAUGCCGGGAUGGCUCGGCGUGGCCCCAGCACGGCUCGGUUGUGCCAGUGGAAAAGAAGCAGGUGCCACCACCACCGCCCUUCCUGGGUCUGUCUCACAGUCCCACAACCCCCCCCUUCCCCCCCCCCCCCCCCCCCCCACCGCGGGUUUUGCACUUUGAAGACGGAGGUUGAAGAUUUACCGCCCUUACGUGUAUUUAGGGUAACGUUUUAAGAGUUAGGCUGACGGUUUAGGCUUUGUUGGGAGGUUAGAGUGGAGCGUUAAGGCGUGGGGGGUUUUGGUCGGGUUGAUACCGUCAAAGCGAGGAGGGUAGGUGUUGAAUAUACUCGUUGAGAGUUAACGUUAUAUUUUUUCGGGGUCAUGGAAUGUAUUUUACAGAUGUGGACGGAGUUGCGAUUACUUUUUCGAGAAGCUCGCAAGAUGAAACAUGGUCUCCAACCCUCGUGACACCACCGCCGCCGCGCACCACCGCACUCGCGUCACGCCCCACCGGGGAGGCGUGAGCGCUCGGACGCGAUGAGAUGGGGGCUGGGGGGGGGGGCAGUGGGGAGUUACGCGUCGGCCAAUAACAUCGAGGCAGUGUCGUCGCUAAUCCCGGUCGUCCGACGAUGGUUUUCCGUGCGCUUGACCGACGGAGGUCCGGCGUCACCGCGGUGCCGGCGGGGGAUGAAUGUGCGCCGUUCCGCACGAGUGACGGAUUGAAACCGCUUGCGUCAUCGGCGCAAUCGCCACCAUCACGCUGCUCGUGGAAACGGGCGGCAUGGUCUGUCGUCGCGCCGUGAUGAUGAUGCUGUGGUUGGUGUGCACACGCAGACAUGCGCGCACACACAUGCUCUCGCACGCACGCACUCACGCGCGCCGGUGGAGUGUUGCCGUGAGCCAGGUCGUCAUAAAUAGCCACCAAACAUGGACACUGAGAUUUCCAAUGUCUGGUGGUGAUUCGUUUAUCGAGACCGCCUGGUGGUGGCACUCCAGAGCUCCCUCUGUGAGGAGGCCUUUGCGCCAGCAGUGACGCAAGCAAUUGCAGGGCUGCGCCUUUAACAUUUGUAGGACACUCACGACAUUUAAAACGAUGAGAAAUGAGAGAAAAUGCCUCUGCAUGCCUCCCACCGUUCUCAGCAGAACUCGUGAAAUGUUUUAAAUGCUCUCUUCUUCACUUUGUCAAGAUAUCGGUUAAGGCGGUCUAUAAAUGGAUCACCCGUACGUUAUUAGUCAAUCGAACCAGCGAUUGGAUUUCUCGCUGAAUAUUCAAUGGGCAUCGACGCGGGCGUGUGGGCCACGUGAUAUGAGUAGCCACAGCCAUCGAAGGCGCGAGAGGUAUGGCGAGCGCGAUGUGCCGUGCCGGGUUCCCAAGAUACAUUUGAAAUGUAAGUCCCAGACCUAACAUUGGGACGUUUUCCAUAACCCGUCCUGAUUGCCCGCCUUUUGGGGAGAGAGGUAACGAUAUUAUUUAUGCUUCGUUUAAAUGUAUAAUUGUUUUCGUCUCGUUGAUAACUUGCUAAUUAUCGUUGUGCUGAUGCAGCAUUUGAAUAACGGGAGGUCCACAUGCAGCAACAACAGCAGCAACCAUAGGUAUCGCCGACGGGGGAACACCUUCGAAUAGCUUCGAGACCCAACGACUCUGCCCUCUACGGAUGAAAUUCUUGGUCGAUCGACAAACAAUCGAUUCGCACGCUUGACGAUGACGCGCGGGGUCUUGACGGAACCCCGCGCGUGUCAAGAGUUGUGAGUUGUCUCCGAUGCCUCGGAUACGCCGCGCGUGAUGGGAGACGCUGCUGGGUUGGGGGGGGGGUGCCCGACUCGGGAGCGUGCGACCUGCAAGACGCAAUGUCGAACGCCGCAGGGGGGCCGGCAACCAAAUUGGCAAGAAGAGCCACGGUUUUUUUUUCCGGACGAAUUCGGUGCGCAAAAACUCUAAAUGUCAAAGAGCCGCAAUGCAUGCGAAUGCAAACACAGACACGCACCAGGUGUCACGAAGCUGUCUGUAAAGAACUGCACGCGCCUCCAGAGCUGCAGGUUGGCUGAACCCCCCCCCCCCGCACCGGUCUAACGGAGACGGACGACGACGCAUCGGUGAUGGCGGCGGCGGCGGGUGGGGGCGAAAGCACGAAUCGACCCCAGGGGGGCGCCCCCGAUCCGUGACCGCGGGGUCGCUUGCGACGCGUUCCGGAUCGCCGCCGCCGCUGCCUCUGGGCUCGGUGGCUCCCACGCGCACUCGACGUCUCCUCUCUGUUUAACGCGGACGGAAAGAACAAAAUAUGGAUGCGCGUCUCAAAAUCGGUUUCACGACUCGCGUUUCGCCGAAUCCUCCUUUGGGACGAGUCUCUACUCGGUUGCCGUUCGAACAUCCACCCCCUUCGCCAUCCCCUCUCCCCCCUCUCGCCCCUUAAUCAGUCGCCACGGCGAUGAACGUGCACGCUGUGGGUCACCCCGCGGGUUGGGAGCGCCGUGCUUUUGCGAGCCACGCCGCGUGCCACUUUGCUCCGCGUAUUUAGGCAACGGCCAGGUGUGUGCGUGCCAGGGUGUGUGUGUGUGUGCCAGGUGUGUGCGUGUCAGGUGUGUGUGUCAGGUGUGUGUGUGCCAGGUGUGUGCGUGCCAGGUGUGUGCGUGCCAGGUGUGUGUGUGUGUCAGGUGUGUGUGUGCCAGGUGUGUGCGUGCCAGGUGUGUGUGUGUGUCAGGUGUGUGUGUGCCAGGUGUGUGCGUGCCAGGUGUGUGCUUGUGUCAGGUGUGUGUGCGUCAGGUGUGUGCGUGCCAGGUGCGUGUGUGUGUCAGGUGUGUGCGUGCCAGGUGUGUGCGUGCCAGGUGUGUGGUGGUGUGUCAGUGUGUGCGUGCCAGGUGUGUGUGCGUGCCAGGUGUGUGUGUGUGUCAGGUGUGUGCGUGUGUCAAGUGUGUGUGCGUCAGGUGUGUGCGUGCCAGGUGUGUGUGUGUGUCAGGUGUGUGCGUGCCAGGUGUGUGCGUGUGUCAGGUGUGUGUGCGUCAGUUGUGUGCGUGCCAGGUGUGUGUGUGUGUCAGGUGUGUGCGUGCCAGGUGUGUGCGUGCCAGGUGUGUGCGUGCCAGGUGUGUGCGUGCAAGGUGUGUGCGUGCCAGGUGUGUGUGUGCCAGGUGUGUGCGUGCCAGGUGUGUGCGUGCCAGGUGUGUGCGUGUGUCAGGUGUGUGUGCGUCAGGUGUUUGUGUGAAUACGCGUUCAGGUGUGUGUGCACCAGGUGUGUGUGUGCCAGGUGUGUGUGCCAGGUGUGUGUGCAGUGGUGAUCCCACGCUGCUUGUACUACGAACCCGCCGACCCGAGUCUUUUUUUUCUCUGAUUCUCGCUCACAGCCAACAUCGGUGACGAAUAUCUGAACCGCUCCUGGGCGUCCGCUAGGUCGACUCAGCCAUUAAAUGAGUACCCGGUGCGGUGUGUAAACAACAGUCGCUGGGGAGACAAAGGCGGUCCGGGUGUGGUACUGGCCCAUACCACCUCCUCGUGUACCGUACCAGCCUUCGUUGGUGCUCGCGAAGAGCACUUGCCCCAGCAGUCUGUUAAAGGCUACACGGGGGGGGGCGGACCUUUGUAUGUUUAUGUGAAUAUGCGUGAGCGUGUGUGCCCGUUUGGUGUACAGGAGUGUGUCGGUGUGUGAAGGUUUUGUGUUGACGCGCGGCGUAUACAAUUAAACGUGUUCAGGUGUGUGUAGGCAACAGGUGGUGUGCACCCAGGGGGUGCUGCGAAGGUGUGUGGAGGUACAGGCGUGUAGGGGUGUUUACCCCCUAUGCGUGUGUGUGUGUGUGUGUUGUCGCGCCCGUGUGUUUGCUCGGGAGGUCCGUGAAGGAGAGCGUUCCCCACGUGCUCUGUGUGCAGGUUAGACGUAUUUUCAGGUGAGCCCAGGUGCUCUCAAAUCUCCGUGGACGUGUUCGUAUGAUUGUGUAGGCUUGUGCGUUUGUGUGUGUGCAUGCACGUGUGUGUGUUUAUAUACGCGAUGAGCGGUAGGGCAGUGGUUAGUGAGCUGCGAUACGAAAAUGGCAACCAGAGUUCAAAACCGCGUGUCACGACCAAUAAGUGGCGAAUAUUUGAACCGGUCCCUGGGGUCUCUUCGGUCUUUCGACUCGGCUUUGAAUGACUUGCCCUGGUCCGCGCUGUGUAACUAGCAGCACUGGGGAGACAAAGGCGGCCGGGAAAGCGUGGUGCUGGCCACGCCAUCCUCUCGCGUGCCGUGCCGGCAUUCAUACAUGGGGUGUGCUCGUUCACAGCACGUACCCGAAACGGUCUGUUGAAAGGCGACACGGGGCUUAGGUGUGUGUCUCUCUCGCACGUUUGCCGGAAGGCGAAAAUAUUGGCUACAACUGGAAAUGCAAAUCCCUGUAUCGCGGUGGUCAGGGGUUAUCUGCUAUGUGUUGUACUGUGUGUGUGUUUCUUGUUGUUACAUGUACACACACGCGCGCACACGCGCACACGUGCACAAUGUGCAGGACUUUAAAUUUCUCACUGGAUAUUUGUGUUGUUGUUACCCGACCACUGGCUGUAUAUUCCCCGAUGUCACGGGGUAGCCACGAGCACAGCGAGAGAGAGAGAGGGGCUAUACUGGACGUGGUCGACGCGCCGUGCGCGGGGAAAUGUGUGUUCGGUUUCUCGACCCAGACAGACCCGGCUGAGAUGUUGAGUCCUGCAUUACAGUGUUGGAAAAUGGGAAUUUUUUUUUGUUUUUUGUUUUAAAUCACUUGAUAAAUACAUACGUACAUAUCAUUCGUCGCACGUAAUAUAGAUAUUUAAAGUUAGGAGAGAACGCAUACAUGCAUUAAAAACAGCACGAAUACAUCGGUUAAGUACAGUCCAGACGUGUUGGGGCGAGUGCUAUGAGCGGGCAGAAGAGGCUAUGAAGGCCGGCACGCCAUACAACGAGCUGGUGGUCAGCACCACGCCUCCCGGCCGCCUUUGUCUCCCCAGUGCUGAUUUUUUUUUUACGCCGCACCAGGUGCUCAUUUGAAGUUGGUUAGACCUAGGGGAGACUCCAGACCAAUAUGUGCUGUUGAUGUGCAUAAGCGUCGGUGUGUAAUGUGUGGGGUAGCUGCAGUGUAGUGGUUUGCGCACUGCACUACGAACCUGGCGACCCGAGUUCGAUUUCCGCCGUCAGGGCCAACAACGGCGACGAUUAUCUUAGCCGGUCGUGGGCCCUUCCCGAGAUCAACUUGCCCUCAAAUGAGUACCUGGUGCGAUGCAUAAACAUAGCCACUAUAGCCACUUAGGGAGACAAAGGCGACCGGGCGUGGUGUUGACCCCCCCUCCCCCCUCGUGUGGCGUUCAGGCCUUUAUCGGUGCUACUCGCUAACAGCACUUUUCCCCAACAGUCUGCUAAGGCUACACGGGGGGGUCUUUGUUUAUGUGUGUAAGUGAGUUCUCGGUUUUAGCGUUAAAUACGCUGGGGGGGGGGGGGGGGGUGACACUGUAACCCAAAGAUAAUCUAAACGAUGCGUCGAUUCAUCGUUUAACAUCCACGCGAUACGUGUACAUAACACGCGUUAAGAUAAAAAAAUAUAUACAAGUUGGAUAUAAAAAAAACACUCAGCGGUUCACGCCACGGAUGGGUUGACGAAACGACCCACUUGCUGUACUUGCCAUCUCAUUAACCGUCGUUAAUCGUUGAUGGAUUUAAAAUCACAACGGCGAUUAAAUGAACUCCCAUCGGGCAUUCGCGCCCUGAAACGACAACGCGUUGUGAUGAGUCGAGCGAUAUUGGUAACCGGCAGUGAUCGAUUUCUGCCGAUUUGUCUGAACUCUCAAAUGUUUCUUUUUAUUUUCCCCAGGUAAGGCCCCACUGAGCUAUCUGCUGUAGCUCUCUUUUUUUCAGAAGCGAACUGGCCACAACUAAUAGCUGGACGAAGUGGCUCAUCGUGUAGCAAUGUAUAGCAGCCAGAGAUGCUCUAAGCGCACGUUGAUUCUAAACGUGGAGGGGGAAAACCGGAGGACCCGACGAAAAAUCCACGCGACCACGGGGAGAGAGAGAGAGAGGGACACGCAAACCUCAAAAUAUACAGCGGGCGUCAGGGUCUGGAAUCGCUGAAACCAACGACCUCCUGCAUAACCAGGCGAGGUAGUUAACAUUCUCGCCGCCCGUGUAGCCAUCAUUUGUCGUGAACGGUUCGAGACGACGUCCCUCCCGAUGCGAGCCUCUUCCCCGCCGUGAACGCGUGACGCGGAGUAGGACUUCGCGUCUCGUUGCUGCAAUAGCGGAGAGUAACGAGAUUCUGCGGCUCCCACUCGCCGAGCAUUUACCGAUCUCUCUCUCUCUCCGUCUCGUGGUGGUUCAAUGUUCUUGUUGCCGCGUUAGACUUGUAGUAGAAGUGAGUUGCCUCUAUCGGAGGAGGGGAGGAGGUUGGUUAAUUCAUUAUUAUGAUCGUUGUUGUUGUGGUCGUAUGGCAGUGAUGAAGGCUCGUUACAGAGCCUGCCUUUUGCUCGCUUGGUCGUGGCGAGUGUGCACGUGUGUGCGUGUGUUACAGACGAGUUAUCGAACACGUUAACUAACCAACACGCCAAGACAACGUAACUAACGAGACAAAACCUGCAACGUCUGUAUGUAAUAAUAAAAGUGUACAUGUUUGCG